AUGGCUAGAACCAAGCAAACAGCGCGCAAAUCCACCGGAGGGAAAGCUCCCCGCAAGCAGCCCGGCACGGUGGCUCUGCGGGAGAUCCGCCGCUACCAGAAAUCCACCGAGCUGCUGAUCCGCAAACUGCCGUUCCAGCGCCUGGUGCGGGAGAUCGCUCAGGACUUCAAGACCGACCUGCGCUUCCAGAGCUCGGCCGUAAUGGCCUUGCAGGAGGCCAGCGAGGCUUACCUGGUGGGUCUGUUUGAGGACACCAACCUGUGUGCCAUCCACGCCAAGCGGGUCACCAUUAUGCCCAAAGACAUCCAGCUGGCCCGGCGGAUCCGCGGGGAGCGCGCCUAA